AUGAUCAAAGCCAAAGACCAGAACCGAACUGUAGAUACAAGACUUUCAAGUUUCAUCACAGCAUUACCAAAAGCCGAAUAUAUAAAUCCAUUAGCUUUCCCUUCAUGGGAACACAAGGAAUCGAGAGCAGAAGCCGAGGCCUUCCAUCCUAAGAUCCCAAGGAGUGAUAUACAGAUCUUCUCGGAUGGUUCAAAAAGCGAAAGCAAGGACGGCGCCACCGGAGGUGGCUUUGUAAUCACACAAUUUGAUAUCCAAGUGGCCCAUUACUCCUUCUCACUUGGCACAAAUGCAGAGGUAUUCGACGCGGAAGCUAUGGCUGCAGUAACGGGGGCAGCAAAGGCCCUAGCGCUUCCAUCAAUCAAACUUGCUACAGACCUAUGGAUCUUCUUGGAUAACUACGAAGUAGCCCUAAGAUUAGGCUCCCACUUCAAUGGCUCGUCUCAGGCGGUCUUCGAAGAUUUCCUGAAGCUCACACAGGCCUGGGCCGCUAGACCGAGGCUCCCACAUAUCCCCCCUGCGGAUAACCAAUUGUGGAACACAGUCAGCCCUCAGUAUUACAAAGAUCUGCAAUAUAAGCACACUUCCAAUACAAUUACUCUCUCCUUAAAAAGAGCUACACUUCACUACAUUCUUGCAGCCAGAUCACAGCAUGGUGACUUUGCGGCAUAUCACGAACGCUUCAACCACACUACAGCUCACACUCUCUGCUCAUGCGGUAAAAGGAAAACCCCGUUACACUUCUUCUUCUGCAAGAAAGGCAAAGCUUACAAAACACUUACGAAAAGCCCACCAUCUGAAGCCAUCCCCUGGCUUCUAGGCAUCCCCACAGGUGGUCUCGCACUAGCCAAAUGGCUUGAAUCCACCAAAUUCUACACAGAUAUCUGCCCACAGCUUGUAUCUGCAGCUUAA